GCCACAACUCCUCUGGGUUGAGACCGGGAGAGUGACUGCUUGACUGCCUGUCCUAAAACCCUUUCCCCACCUUUCGGACCUUAUCAAAAGGAUAAUGACCACUAGUCUGCUUGCUAGCAUUUACAUCUGAUAGGUUAUUAUUCUUCAAUUUAAGAAGCAAAUAGUGUGGAGUGCCCGAAGCAUCCGUUCAGGAUGACGAGGCAUCGGUUGCUACCGCUAUGCGCCCUCCUGGGGGUCCUGUUCUCAGGAUUUCUCCCGAAACUCGAUGCUCAGGAUGCGCAAGAUUCCGCAGACCUUGUACUCUUAAUUGAUGGAUCGCAGAACGUUGGAGCAGCAAACUUUCCAUACGUGCGUGAAUUGGCGUUGAGAAUCAUUGAGCGCCUCGAUGUGGGCAGAGAGACCGUUCGGGUGGCCUUAGCCCUGUACCACGCCAGCCCAGAGAUUAAGUUCUAUCUCAGUAGCUAUGACAGCAAAGCGUCCGUCCUGGAGGCUGUGAAGGAACUUAAAUACUCAGGGACUCCUCAAUCUAACCUGGGCCUGGCCUUGGAGGAAGUAGCCCAGAGCCUUUUGAGCGAAUCAGCAGGGGGCAGGGCAGAGGAGGGCAUACCCCAGAUGGUGGUUGUUAUCAGUGCUGGGCCAUCCACUGAUGAUACCGGUGCUGGUGACCGAGCCCUUAGGAGGGCCGGAGUUAUCACGUUUGGGGUGGUCAUCGGUAACACUGCCACUGCAGAUGUGGAAGCAGUCGCUACCGAUAGGUCGUUUGUCCUGUCGGCCCCUGAUUUCAGAACAGUGGCGAGCGUGGGUGACCAGCUGUCACCGUUGGUUCAGGGUGUGGUCCAGCGCACCAUUAUAGUACAGAAUGAGUUCACAGAAGCCUUGGCCGUUGGAGAAAGAGACAUCAUUUUCCUCCUUGACAGCACGAUGGGUGCCACAGUUAUCAACUCCGUACGUGAAUACAUCCGGAAGUUCAUCGACAUCAUGCCCAUUGGCCCGGACGGUGUGCAAGUGGGUUUGGCCCAGUUCAGCAACGUCCCCCGACUGGAGAUGGACCUCAACUCCUACGGAUCCAAGGACGAACUAACGACCGCUUUGGGUCGAAUCAAACCCAGACCGGGCCAGGCGGUCAACAUCGGGGCGGCUUUGGACUUUGUGAGGACUGACAUGCUCCGGCCUGACAAGGGCAGUCGCCUUCAACGAGGCGUCCCGCAGCUUUUGCUCCUGAUGACCACGAAAAGGUCCGCUGAUGAUGUGAGAGGGCCGGCCAGGGCUCUGCUGCAAAUGGGCGUGCUGACCUUGGCCGCCGGUUCGAAGACGGCCGAGGAGCAAGAGCUAAAGGAGAUUGCCUUUGACGAGAGUGUCGUGUUCAUGAUGAAGGACUUCCGUAUGCUACAUCGCAACCCGAAUACGAUCAUGAACGCACUUUCUACUUUGGCUGGUAUUGUGGUGACUGAAGUGCCCACUGAGCCAGUGGUGGAAAUAACAACGGUGCAGACUCAAAAAGUGGUCAGAGACAUUGUCUUCCUUGUGGAUGGCUCUAACUACAUCGGCAGCAAUAACUUCCCAUACGUGCGGGACUUCAUGAUUAAUGUGGUCAAUCAACUGGAAGUAAACCCUGAGAGGGUCCAAAUUGGCCUCAUGCAAUUUGCCGAGCAGCCCAAAAUUGAGUUUUAUCUCAACACCGCACGUGACAGGCAAGAUGUCGUGGACAGGAUCACGCAACUCAGACUGACCGGAGGCUCUGUUUUAAACACGGGUGCAGCCAUGGAAUACGCCCUUCGCAACAUGUUCAGUACGUCAGCGGGCUCACGCAAGAGACAAGGAGUCCAGCAGGUGCUGGUCCUCAUCACGGGUGGUCCGGCCCAGGAUGAGAUGAAGAGUGUGGCUGACAAGCUGGCGCUUGAAGGCGUUCUGACCUUUGUGGUUAGUUCCGGGCAAGCAGACCAGGCCGUGCUACAAACGGUAGCAUUUGUUCCAGACUUGGCUUAUCAUGAGUCAAGUUUCUCUUAUUUGCCAGCAAUGGCUGAACAAAUCAUCCCAAAGUUAAUAGCGGUCGUCGGUGACACAGACUUGUCAACAGUUACUGAAGAACCCGUGGUUUCCGGAUCUGAAAGGGAUGUUGCCUUCCUUAUUGAUGGCACCGACUUCGUUCGGUCAGACUUUGCUUACGUCCAGGAUUUUAUCCUUAAGGUUAUUGAACCGCUUGACAUCGGGAGUGACAAAGUGCGAGUUGCGGUGGUUCAGCACAGCGAGAGGCCAACUCCUAAUUUCUACCUGAACACUUAUCAGACCAAAGAGGAGGUUGUGAGAGCUGUCAGUCAAAUGACACUGGCCGGAGGACGCAGUCUCAACACGGGAUCAGCUCUGACGUUCAUGCGGGACACUAUCUUGUCCGAGAGAUACGGCAGCCGCAGAGCGCGGAGUGUUCCGCAGUUUUUGAUUGUUCUGACCGGAAGAAGAUCCAGGGACAACGUGAAGGAGCCUGCCGGUGUACUGAAGACCGAGGGGGUUGUACCAUUUGGCGUCGGUGUCAAAGAUGCGGACCAAAGGCAGAUCGAAGAGAUUUCGCACAACCCUUCAUUUGCCUUCAAAGUGAAGGAAUUCAACGAACUCGGUACUGUCCCUCAACGACUUAAUACCUUUGUGGGCCUUCCAAGAGCUGAACUAGACACUGUCCUGCGAGAAGUACAAGGUCAUGCUGUAAAAAGAGAUAUUGUAUUUCUACUGGAUGGCUCUGAAAAGACCAGAAACGGGUUUUCAGACAUAAAACUCUUUCUUAAGAGCAUAGUGGAGAGUCUCUAUGUCAGUGAGAACCAAGACAGAGUGUCUGUUGUUCAGUUUGCCGAUAAGCCCAAUGUCAACUUCUAUCUGAACUCCCACAAGACUGAGAGUGACAUUAUGAACGCCAUUGACAAUUUAAGGCACGGUGGUGGUGGGGAGCGCCUUAAUGUUGGGGCGGCACUGCAGUUUGUAAGACACAGCGUCUUUACUUCCUCCUCUGGCAGCAGGAGGCUGGAAGGCGUGCCACAGAUUUUGAUUCUUUUAGCUACCAACCCUUCCACCGAUGACAUAAAGAGCCCAGCUCUCGCUCUUAAGGACCAUGAAAUUGUAUCCCUGGGGGUUGCAGUGGGUGAUGCCAAUUUUUCAGACUUGGAAACGGUUACCUUUGAACCUGGUUUCAUAUACAAGAUCACCCGUGUUUCCGAGUUGCCCUCAAUCAAAUCUAAACUUGUUGCUGCGCUGAAUGCAAAUAAAGACGCCACAGAAUCCACAUCUGGUUUAAUAGGCCGCACUAAGAGGGACAUCGUGUUCCUUCUCGACGGUUCGGACGCCUCUAGAAACGGAUUACCGGCUAUUCGGGAGUUCAUCAGAAGAAUGGUAGAAGAGCUGGACAUUGAUGAUGAUAAGGUCAGAGUGGCCGUCCUUCAGUAUAGUGAUGACACCAGUAUUUACUUCAACUUGACGGCCCACGGUUCCAAACGAGCCAUCAUCUAUGCUGUUAGAAGCCUUCGGCAUAAAGGCGGGAGACUGAGGAACACGGGAGCUGCACUUGAGUUUGUGCGGGAUUUCAUUUUCAACGCUGCCUCCGGAAGCAGAGUUGUCCAGGGAGUCCCUCAGAUUUUGUUUUUAUUGAGUGGAGGCGAAUCCGACGACGACAUUUCUGGAGCUGCAGCUGACCUCCAACAAAUGGGCGUUUUGUCUUUUGCUAUUGGAAUGAAAAAUGGAAAACAAGAGGAGCUAGAGGAAAUUGCCUCCUCUUCCGCUCAUAUUUUUAAUUUGCCCGUUUUCGGUGAACUUUUGUCGGUCCAACAAGAGAUAGUGUCAUUUGUCCAGGUGGGAAAAGCGCUUGAGGCUCCUGUAGUGGAACAGUCCCCACAAAGAGACAUUGUGUUUCUGGUGGAUGGGUCAGAUGAAACUAUGAGUGGAUUCCCAGCCAUUAAAAGUUUUAUUAAACGAGUGGUGGAAACACUCACUGUUGGUGAGAACGGGGACCGGGUCUCUGUGGUCCAGUAUAGCAGCGAUCCACAGAUGCACUUUAGUUUCAACACCUACACCGAUUUACAAGAUGUUCUUACUACUGUUGAGCAGUUGAAACACAAAGGUGGCGGGCCCCUCAACACUGGGGCAGCUCUUGAAUACGUGAGGACCAAAACUUUCGCACAGUCCUCUGGGAGUCGGCACAGAGAAGGUGUGCCACAGAUAUUGAUUCUGUUGAGCGGGGGUGUCUCUCGAGACGAGGUCAGGAGUGCUGCUGCUGCUCUUAAACAAGACCAAGUUGUCGCCUUCUGCAUCGGAACCAAAAGUUCCGAUCUACUCGAACUGCAAACCAUUGCACAUAUACCAUCCUAUGCCUUUGCUCUGCGACAGUUUGAGGAUAUCGGAAGAAUCUAUCAGCAGCUCGUUUCCUUUGUGAAAAGAGUGCCUCGGCAUACCAGACCAACGCCUCUGACUGUAUUAGAAUCAAGGAAAAAUGAUGUAGUGUUUCUGAUUGAUGGAUCAUAUGACUCACGAAAUGGCUUUGAAGCCAUACGACAAUUUAUUGAACAAAUGGCCGAAAACUUGAGCCUUGAUGACAGAGACCAGGUGGCUGUCGUUCAAUACAGCCGAAAUUCCACUGUCAAUUUCUACUUGAAUUCUUAUUCGUCAAAGACAGAUGUGCUCAAUUCCAUUCGAACCAUGGGGCAUAAGUAUGGCAGACCGCUCUACCUCGGCAAAGCGCUCGAGUUUGUCAGAGACAAUGUCUUUGCAGCUUCGGUUGGAGGCCGACGCGCAUCUCUGGUUCCUCAGUAUCUGUUUGUCUUUAGUGGCGGCAGAUCCAGGGAUGACGUAAGAGGACCAGCGCAGUCACUCAAAGAAAAUGGAAUAAAGACAUUCUCUAUUGGAACAAGCAAUGCCGAUACAUUGGAAAUGCAGAACAUCUCUUUUACGCCAUCACACUAUUUUUCAAUAACAAGCUUUACAAAUCUGCCAAGUGUUCAGGAAUCUGUCAAAGCCAUGUUGAGUGAUGUUGACGACAUAACUGGUAACACGCCUGCUGUUGGUACUUCCACAGUUACACAAUUAGAACUUGGUCCUGCUGAUGUUGUUUUUCUGCUUGCUGGAUCUGAUGAUAUGCGAGCAAAUGAAGGGACUGUUUUGGAUUUUGUGAGACAGUUUGUUCAAGAAGUAGAAAUUGGGCCAACCAAUGUACAAAUUGCUGUCAUUCAGUACAGCAAAGAGGCCACAGCAGACUUUGUCUUGAACUCUUAUGGACAGAAAGAUGUUCUACUGAGUCACCUGAGCAAUGUAAAAUUGAGAGGAGGGUCUGCAGUCAACACUGGUGCAGCCCUUAAUUUUGCCCAAAAAUAUGUAUAUACUGCAUCAGCUGGAAGCAGAGCCAAGCAGGGAAUCCCUCAGACAAUGAUUGUCUUGAGUGGGAAAAAGUCUGACGAUAAUGUUGCAGAGCCGCGAGACAGCCUGAGAGAUGCUGGCAUUGUCCUUUAUACCAUUGGAAUGAAUGAUGCAGAUCGACAAGAAAUGGAGGAAUUAUCACACAGUGUUGAAACUGCACAUUUUAUCAAUGUUACAUCUGACAUCCCCAUUGUGACUCAACGUUUACUUUCUGCAAUUUUGUCUCGUAAAAGCAUAGCCGACCCUGGUAUUGCUGCAACACACACUAAAAAGGAUAUUGUAUUCCUUCUGGAUGGUUCUGAUGGCACAAGGAAUGGAUUCCCUGCCAUGCGUGAUUUUGUUGAGAGAGUGGUGGAGUCAUUCAAUAUGGGAGGAGACAGAGACCGUGUCUCUGUGGUACAGUACAGCAGAGAUGCAGAAGCCAAUUUCUAUCUGAACACUUACACCACAAAAGAGGAUAUUAUUGAUGCUGUCAGAGGGCUCAGACACAGAGGAGGUAGACCCCUAAACACAGGGGCUGCCCUCCGAUAUGUGAGGGACAACGUCUUUACAAAAUCCUCUGGAAGUAGGAGCCUUGAAGGUGUGCCACAAAUCUUAAUCUUGCUCAAUAGCAGGCGGUCUUUUGACAGCGUUGAUGCGGCCGCCUCUGCUCUCAAACAGGAUGGCAUCUAUACAAUCAGCAUUGGAACUCGGAGCUCUGACAGCAAUGAGCUCCAAAAGCUAUCCCAUGACCAUAGCUAUGCUCUAUCAGUGUUUGAUUUUACUGGGCUACAAAAUGUCCAAGAAAAGCUUUUCUCUGUGAUGAGUAGAGUGCUAAGCGCCACGUCUAUGACGACAAAAAUGACUGUGAAUAGACACGGAAGGGAUUAUGUUUUCUUGUUGGACGGAUCUGACACCACAAGAACUGCGUUCCCAUCAAUGAGAGACUUUAUCAAAAAAGUCGUGGAGACACUGAGUGUGGAUGACGACAAAGAUCGUGUCUCCCUGAUUCAGUACAGCAGAAAUGCAAUUGUCCAGUUCUACCUGAACACAUACACAACAAAGGGCGAAAUCCUUGAAAUUGUCAGAGGGUUGAGGCACAGAGGUGGAACUCCCCUCAACACUGGAGCAGCUCUCCAGUACUUGAGGGAUAAUGUCUUCACAGCCUCUGCCGGCAGCAGACGCCUUGAAGGAGUCCCACAGGUCCUAAUAUUGCUAAGCGGCGGCAGGUCUUUUGACAGAGUCGAUGCACCAGCUUCUGCUCUCAAAAAGCUCGGAGUUCUGAUCUUUACCAUCGGAACCACACGCUCCGAUAGGGGAGAACUGCAGAAGAUAGCCCACGAUCCCAGAUAUGCUCUAUCUGUGCCUGAAUUCACUGACCUUCCCAGUGUCCAACAACAGCUUCAUUCCUCCGUGGAGGCUGUGGUGAUCGACGGCAGUCCAGAAACACCACCAGUAAUUGCUGAAGCCAAAAAUGAUAUUGUAUUCCUUCUGGAUGGUUCUGAUGGAACAAGGAGUGGCUUCCCCACCAUGCGCGAUUUUGUUGCGCAAGUGGUGGAGAAACUCAAUGUGGGCGAAGACAAAGACCGUGUCUCUGUGGUCCAGUACAGCAGAGAUGCAGAGGUCAAUUUCUAUCUGAACACGUACACAACAAGAGAGGAUAUUGUGGAUGCAGUCAGAGGGCUCAGACACAGAGGAGGCAGACCACUCAACACAGGGGCCGCGCUCCGAUACGUCAGGAACAACGUCUUUACAAACUCCUCAGGGAGUAGGCGCCCGCAAGGUUUUCCACAGAUCUUGAUCUUGCUUAAUGGUGGGCGGUCUUCUGACAGCGUUGAUGCGCCAGCCUCUGCUCUUAAACAGCAGGGCAUCUUUACAAUCAGCAUUGGAACACAGAACUCUGACAGCAGCGAGCUGAAAAAGAUAUCCCAUGACCCAAGUAAUGCUCUAGCAGUGUCUGAGCUCACUGACCUCCCCAGUGUCCAAGAACAGCUCUCCUCUGUAAUAAACAGGGUACUCAGAGCCGCCACGCCCAUGACACCAACAGUGACUGCGGAUAGAACUGGAAGGGAUGUCGUUUUCUUGUUGGAUGGCUCUGAUGCCACAAGAAGCUCAUUCCCAGCUAUGAGAGACUUUGUCCAAAGAGUCGUAGAGUCACUGAGUGUGGAUGAUAACAAAGAUCGAGUCUCCCUGAUUCAGUACAGCGGAAAUGCAGCUGUCCAGUUCUACCUGAACACAUACACAACAAAGGGCGAAAUCCUUGACAUUGUCAGAGGGUUGAGGCACAGAGGUGGAACAACCCUCAACACUGGAGCAGCUCUCCAGUACUUGAGGGAUAAUGUCUUCACAACCUCUGCCGGCAGCAGACGCCUUGAUGGAGUCCCACAGGUCCUAAUAUUGCUAAGCGGCGGAAGGUCUUUUGACAGAGUCGAUGCACCAGCUUCUGCUCUCAAAAAGCUCGGAGUUCUGAUCUUUACCAUCGGAACCACACGCUCCGAUAGGGGAGAACUGCAGAAGAUAGCCCACGAUCCCAGAUAUGCUCUAUCUGUGCCUGAAUUCACUGACCUUCCCAGUGUCCAACAACAGCUUCAGUCCUCCGUGGAGGAUGUGGUGAUUGACGUCAGUCCAGAAACGCCACCAGUAAUCGCUGAAGCCAAAAAAGAUAUUGUAUUCCUUCUGGAUGGAUCUGAUGGAACAAGGAGUGGCUUCCCCACCAUGCGCGAUUUUGUUGAGCAAGUGGUGGAGAAACUCAAUGUGGGUGUAGACAAAGACUGUGUCUCUGUGGUCCAGUACAGCAGAGAUGCAGAGGCCAAUUUCUAUCUGAACACGUACACUACAAGAGAGGAUAUUGUGGAUGCAGUCAGAGGGCUCAGACACAGAGGAGGCAGACCACUCAACACAGGGGCCGCGCUCCGAUACGUCAGGGACAACGUCUUUACAAACUCCUCAGGGAGUAGGCGCCCGCAAGGUGUUCCACAGAUCUUGAUCCUGCUUAAUGGUGGGCGGUCUUCUGACAGCGUUGAUGUGCCAGCCUCUGCUCUUAAACAGCAGGGCAUCUUUACAAUCAGCAUUGGAACACAGAACUCUGACAGCAGCGAGCUGAAAAAGAUAUCCCAUGACCCAAGUAAUGCUCUAGCAGUGUCUGAGCUCACUGACCUCCCCAGUGUGCAAGAACAGCUCUCCUCUGUAAUAAACAGGGUACUCAGAGCCGCCACACCCAUGACACCAACAGUAACUGCUGAAGCCAAAAAGGAUAUUGUAUUCCUUCUGGAUGGUUCUGAUGGAACAAGGAGUGGCUUCCCCACCAUGCGCGAUUUUGUUGAGCAAGUGGUGGAGAAACUCAAUGUGGGUGUAGACAAAGACCGUGUCUCUGUGGUCCAGUACAGCAGAGAUGCAGAGGCCAAUUUCUAUCUGAACACGUACACUACAAGAGAGGAUAUUGUGGAUGCAGUCAGAGGGCUCAGACACAGAGGAGGCAGACCACUCAACACAGGGGCCGCGCUCCGAUACGUCAGGGACAACGUCUUUACAAACUCCUCAGGGAGUAGGCGCCCGCAAGGUGUUCCACAGAUCUUGAUCCUGCUUAAUGGUGGGCGGUCUUCUGACAGCGUUGAUGUGCCAGCCUCUGCUCUUAAACAGCAGGGCAUCUUUACAAUCAGCAUUGGAACACAGAACUCUGACAGCAGCGAGCUGAAAAAGAUAUCCCAUGACCCAAGUAAUGCUCUAGCAGUGUCUGAGCUCACUGACCUCCCCAGUGUGCAAGAACAGCUCUCCUCUGUAAUAAACAGGGUACUCAGAGCCGCCACGCCCAUGACACCAACAGUAACUGGUAAGCGAGCUCUCCAUCCCAAACACAUGAAAAGUUGACUGUUAUUCAAAUGUGUAAACAGACUUAGGUCGACAUUUUUUGAGGAGAUAGUACAUUUUACGGUCUUAAUACGUCUCGUGUUUUGUUUACCACAGCGGAUAGAACAGGAAGGGAUGUCGUUUUCUUGUUGGAUGGCUCUGAUGCCACAAGAAGCUCAUUCCCAGCUAUGAGAGACUUUGUCCAAAGAGUCGUAGAGUCACUGAGUGUGGAUGAUAACAAAGAUCGAGUCUCCCUGAUUCAGUACAGCGGAAAUGCAGCUGUCCAGUUCUACCUGAACACAUACACAACAAAGGGCGAAAUCCUUGACAUUGUCAGAGGGUUGAGGCACAGAGGUGGAACAACCCUCAACACUGGAGCAGCUCUCCAGUACUUGAGGGAUAAUGUCUUCACAACCUCUGCCGGCA